GUCUUUCCAGUUUCCCAUCAUCUCAUGAUACUGGUGUCAUGGCUUUGACUCCGUCUUCGGCCGCGCGCGUUUUCUCAGGGACGCGAUAAGCUGCUGCUACAUCGGAUCUUUCCCGAUCGCUUUUGAUCGUGACGCUGGAUAUUUUCAUUGUUACUGGUGUGACAUUGUUAUUAUCGAUGACUCGCGCAGCUGUGCGCGUUCCCAGGCAACCCCCGUCAUGAACGCGCACUGAACGCGCUCAUUCGCUCCGUUUCGUUUCUUCUGUUUGAGCCGGUGAAUAUUGACUAUGGAAAGCUGAGUCUCGUUCAUUCGUACACCGAAAACAGUAACUCAGAGGUCAUUCAGAGCAACGAAAGGGUUUUAUUCGCACCACAUUCGUGGUACUCGACAAGAGUAACGACCAGUUUGGAGUGAGAUUAGGGUCUAGGCCAUGGGUGGAACCAAGAGUAAGCCCAAAGACCUCGGCCACCGUUCCCGGAGUCUGGAUGACGGCUCUGGAGGACACCAUCAUAGUCCCAACCAGUCGUCCUUCACGCCCAACCGGAGCCCACCGGUGGAUGGCCCUAGACGCGGCACCCAGCCCAACAUCAUCUGUGCGGAGCAGGCGCUGUUUGGAGGAGUGAACUCAAACAAUAGCACCACAUCUCCUCACAGGGUCGGCACGCUUUCCGGCGGCGUGACCACGUUUGUGGCUUUGUAUGACUACGAGUCACGAACCGCCUCUGAUUUGUCAUUCCGGAAAGGAGAACGACUCCAGAUUGUCAAUAACACGAGAAAGUUGAAUCCCAGGGAAGGUGACUGGUGGCUGGCUCGCUCGCUGACGACGGGAGAGAGUGGAUACAUUCCCAGCAAUUACGUGGCACCGUCUGAUUCCAUCCAGGCUGAAGAAUGGUACUUUGGAAAGAUCACACGCAGGGACUCCGAGCGCCUCCUCUUGAGUCUGGAAAACAGAAGAGGAACUUUCCUGGUCAGAGAGAGUGAGACAACCAAAGGAGCCUACUGUCUUUCUGUCCUGGAUUACGACAACGUCAAGGGCCUAAAUGUCAAACAUUACAAGAUCCGGAAGCUGGACAGCGGGGGAUUUUACAUCACGUCCCGCACACAGUUCAGUACUUUACAGCAGCUGGUCAACCACUACCGCCAGCACGCAGACGGCCUGUGUCACUGUCUGACUGACGUGUGUCCCGUGCUGAAGCCUCAGACUCAGGGCCUGGCACGGGACGCCUGGGAGAUCCCACGAGACUCUCUGAGACUGGACGUCAAACUGGGCCAGGGCUGCUUCGGAGAGGUCUGGAUGGGCACUUGGAACGGCACGACACGUGUGGCCAUCAAGACUCUGAAGACUGGCACUAUGUCUCCGGAGGCCUUCCUGCAGGAAGCACAGGUGAUGAAGAAACUCCGGCACGAGAAGCUGGUGCAGCUUUACGCUGUCGUCUCGGAGGAGCCCAUUUACAUCGUCACUGAGUACAUGGGACAAGGAAGUCUGUUGGAUUUCCUGAAGGGUGACAUGGGGAAAAUGCUGCGGUUGCCUCAGCUUGUGGAUAUGGCAUCUCAGAUCGCCUCUGGAAUGGCGUACGUGGAAAGAAUGAACUAUGUGCACAGGGACCUCAGGGCUGCCAACAUCCUGGUGGGUGAUAACCUGGUGUGUAAAGUGGCUGACUUUGGCCUCGCUCGACUCAUAGAGGACAACGAAUACACGGCCAGACAGGGAGCCAAGUUUCCCAUCAAGUGGACUGCGCCAGAGGCGGCGCUUUACGGCCGCUUCACCAUCAAAUCUGACGUGUGGUCGUUUGGGGUCUUACUGACGGAGCUGACGACCAAAGGCAGGGUGCCUUAUCCAGGUAUGGUGAACCGGGAGGUGCUGGACCAGGUGGAGCGAGGCUACAGGAUGCCCUGUCCCGCUGAGUGCCCCGAAUCCCUGCAUGAGCUGAUGCUGACCUGCUGGCGCAAGGAGCCCGAAGAGCGGCCCACCUUCGAAUACCUCCAGAGCUUCCUGGAAGACUACUUCACCUCUACUGAACCACAAUACCAACCGGGCGAGAACCUCUAGAGAUGCAGAUCCAGUCAAGUGUGAGAAAGAGAAAGAGAGAUCCUUUUCCUGACCAGAAAACAAACACGGGAAGUUUGUGGCGUAGCCCAACCGAUACUGAUCCACAUGGAAUGCUCUCAGAGCAUCCAGCCUGUUUUAAGCACCUUGCUGGGUCUUCAGACGCUCUCAAUGUUACAGCAUCUCACCCUAUGU